UUGGAAAAGCCCCCGCUCCCGCUUGCAGGGCACCACGGAUAGCAGAAGGACAUCAGAGUGGAGCAAUGAAGGUUCUGUGCCUGUGGUUACUUCUGCUGGUCUGCCUCGUGCUAAAAGUCUAUGGCAAGAUCUUCAGUCGUUGUGAACUGGCAACAAUCCUGCAACGCUGGGGAAUGGAUGGGCAUGAGGGCUACAGUUUGGAAGACUGGAUCUGCUUGGCAUAUUUUGCAAGCCAUUUCAACACAGCUGCUAUGACUCAGAACUCUGAUGGUACUUCUGAGUAUGGCAUUUUCCAGCUCAACAGUCGCUCCUGGUGUACCGACCACCACAGCAGUUCAAGGAACUUGUGCAGCUUAUCUUGUAGUGAUUUGGUGACUGAUCAGAUUAUCGACGACAUAAUUUGUGUCAAGAGAGCUGCAGUAGGCCCAGAAGGUUUGGAAGCCUGGGAUGGCUGGCGAAAUCAUUGCCGUGGAAGAGAUCUGCAUUACUGGACAGCUACUUGUAACCUGUGAAUUAAUUGUGCCACCAACAGAAAUUAUCACCUGCUAAUCAUCUCCUUUAUCUCCUUGUGCUCUGCAGUUGUGAUCCCAUAGUACACUCGGAUCAAAGGCAUGAUAUUUUACAGAAUAAAGCUCCUUUUUGAGAUAA